AAUUUCACAAAAUGAUCUAGCAAAAUAAUUAAAGUGUAGCACCCAACCUCUAUAUAUAGUAACCAUAUGGUAAGUGUUCAAUCAUCAAAGGCCAACAUUAUUUCUCAUGGCAACCACACUAAUUUCAACCCUUACUCAUACUUCUCAUGAUCUAAAAGAUCCAAUAACUCCAUCUCCCCCCAAAUUGGCCAAAUAUUUGCAAGAAGAUGACAUAACACAAGAAUGUCAAGCCUUAAUCUCCACCUUACCAAAGGAUCAAGGAUGGGUUCUAUCCUAUCUUUACCAAUACCAAGGAUUUUGGCAUCCUAUUAGGCAACUUCAAGGAGUGCUUUCAUGCCAACGCCACUUCCAAGCUCGCGACACCGAUAUCAUCCUCAUCACUAGCCCCAAAUGUGGCACUACAUGGCUCAAAGCCUUAGCAUAUGCUGUAAUAAACCGAAAAACCAACCCCCCAAGAGGAGAUAACCAUCCACUUCUCUCAUUCAACCCUCAUAAAUCAGUACCUUUCUUAGAGCUUAAGGUCUAUGUUGAUCACCAAGUCCCUGACCUCACAGAAUUGCCCUCUCCUAGGCUGUUUUCCACACACUUACCGGUCGAGUCGCUACCAUUAUCCAUCAAGGAAACGGGGUGCAAAGUUGUGUACCUAGCUAGAGACCCAAAGGAUGCCUUCAUCUCAUUAUGGCACUUUGCAAACAAGUUAAGACCUCAAAAUAGUUGUAAGCUCCAACUAGAAGAGGCAUUUGACAAGUUUUGCAAAGGUGUUAGCCUUUAUGGGCCUUUUUGGGACCAUGUUUUGAGCUAUUGGAAGUGUAGCUUAGAGAAAUCUAACAAUGUGUUUUUCUUGAAAUAUGAAGAGUUGAAAGUACAACCUAAGUUGUGUUUGAAAAAAUUGGCUGAAUUUUGGGAGCGUCCUUUUUCUUUAGAAGAGGAAAAUAAUGGGGUUGUUGAUGAGAUACUUAGUUUGUGUAGCUUUGAUAAUUUGAGCAAUUUAGAGGUGAAUAAGGUUGGGAAAUUGUCCUCAGGGGAACAAAAUAACGCCUUUUUUCGAAAGGGUGAGGUUGGUAAUUGGGCUAAUUAUUUCACUCAGGAGAUGACCGAGAAAAUUUGAAGAAAUUUGUUUGGACAAAUUUCAACUUUGUGGUUUAAAGUUAUAAAUUAGUUUGAAUAUGCAUCUGGUGCAAUUUAUCAUGCCAUCUAUGUAUGUACUUCAUUUAUUAAGUUCGUAAUUCUAUAUUAUUAUGUGAUUCAUGAUCAUGUAUGUUGUUAGUAGUAGCUCUAAUUAGUGUCGUUAGAAAUGUAAUGCAUAUAUAGUUAUAUAUACCGUAUGUAAUAUCUAGAGAAUAAGGCAUUUUUUUUUACUCCAA